AAAUCCAUAAUUUAUCACGGGAGGGGUCAAAAGAAUCUGUCAGAAAAUCGUUAACAUCUUUUAGAAGCCGAAAACUGCAUCAGAUGUGAAAUUCUCUAUUGCUGUUUUUUUCAUCUAUUCAAUCCCUAUUCGUGACCUGUUCUAUACACCGAAAUGUAAUCCUAAUUCCACCGAAAAUCUACACCGAAAGUGACAAUCCCAUUCAAAAGAGCAAACACAUCACACCUCAAUUUUAUCACAUCGAACUCAAAAUGGAUCACCGGACGGAAAUCAUCCUAACGGUGCUCGGAAUCGUUCUGGUGCACGGGCUCAUAUUCUACUGGGUAUCCCGAAAAUCUCGCACCAACAUCCGCGGAAAGCAUGUGAUCGUUACCGGCGGAUCCAGCGGAAUCGGAUUGUGGGCAGCGAUCGAAUGCGUUCGCUUGGGGGCUAACGUUACGAUUGUGGCGCGCAAUGUUAAGCUACUCGAAAAAGCUAAGGAUCAACUCGUAUCGAACAAGGUUCGCGAGGACCAGAGAAUUGAGUACCGCUCGAUAGACCUCGCGAAGAGUUACGACGUUGUGCAAAAGGGCUUGCAGGAAAUCGAAGCCUCCCUGGGUCCCGUAUUUAUGCUGGUCAACUGCGCCGGAAUGGCCAUCUGCGGCACAAUCGAGGAAACAUCCGUCGAAGAUGCCAAACUGAUGAUGGACGUCAAUUAUUUUGCUACCUUCUAUCCGACUCGCUACCUUCUGCCGAAGAUGAAAGCGGCCAAAGAAGGGAUCAUCGUCAUAACCGCAUCGCAAGCUGCUCUGAUCGGACUGUAUGGAUACGGAGCUUACGCGGCGUCCAAGUUUGCCCUCCGCGGAUUAGCCGAGACCAUCGCCAUGGAAGCGAAGCAUUGCGGAGUGAGCGUUACCUUAGCGCUGCCGGCGGAUACGGACACACCCGGAUUCGAGCGAGAAAACCAAUCCAAACCGAUGGAGACGAAGAUCAUAUCCGGUUCGGGGGGACUGGCCAAACCCGAGGACGUUGGCAAACGUAUUGUGCACGAUGCGCUGAAGGGAUCGUUCUUCUCGGUGUUGGGACUGGAAAGCUGGAUUUUGAGCACGCUGUGCGUCGGAAUGUCACCCUGGAAGGGACCGGUGCUGUGUGUGCUACAGUUUUACCUGCUCGGACCGUUACGACUGAUUGGACUGCUGAUCCAGUGGAACUUCCAGCGGGUCAUCCGAAACUGCGCCAAAGAGAAGGAAAGCAAGAAGGAUUAAGAUCUUCAACAUGCUCAACGAAGAGGAGGACGAUAGAUCGGGGCGGAGGUUGAUUUUACACUCGCACCACAUUAAUAUAUUAUCGAUGUUGUUCACAGUAGUGUUAGGAUUCUUUGAUCUUCCUGCAUUUAACAUAGGCACAAAUUUUAAGGAAGGUUAAUAUUUGCUUGUAAGUGCACUAGCAAUAACAAUAGAAGGAGAUACAAAUUUAAUAAAGUAGAUAACUGAAGUCUCUAGAACCUAGAUUAGAUACUUUGGAA